AAGAAAACAUAUGCUCAAGCAGCUGAAUCUGCUGUCUCUAAACCUACUGUCUCUAAAUCUGUCAUCUCAAAACCUGCUCAAAAUUCUGAGAAAACUGAGAAGAAUACUGCUCAUACUUCUAGUGAUAGAAGAGUGAAGAAAAAAAUGCAAAAAGAGAAAAAUCUUCAAAUCUUCAGAAAUAGAACACUUAUUCUCAAA